CGAAGACGCCGAGUCAACGGGCGGAGCUAAAUUUAUCGCGAAUCAUGCUGUCGCGGGAACCCUGAAGGUGGAGCCCCACGUAACAAGAAGAUGACCCGAAGUUGCUCUGCAGUGGGCUGCAGCACCCGGGACACCGUGCUGAGCCGGGAGCGUGGCCUCUCCUUCCACCAGUGCGUAUUUCCAGCUGAUACCAUUCAGCGCUCAAAAUGGAUCAGGGCUGUUAAUCGUGUGGAUCCCAGAAGCAAAAAGAUUUGGAUUCCAGGACCAGGUGCUAUACUAUGUUCCAAACAUUUUCAAGAAAGUGACUUUGAGUCAUAUGGCAUAAGAAGAAAGCUGAAAAAAGGAGCUGUGCCUUCUGUUUCUCUAUACAAGGUUCCUCAAGGUGUACACCUUAAAGGUAAAGCAAGACAGAAAAUCCUAAAACAGCCACUUCCAGAUAAUUCUGAAGAGAUUGCUACUGAGGACCAUAAUUAUAGUUUGAAGAGCCCUUUGACAAUAGGUGCAGAGAAACUGGCUGAGGUGCAACAAAUGUUACAAGUGUCCAAAAAAAGACUUAUCUCUGUAAAAAACUACAGGAUGAUCAAGAAGAGAAAGAGCUUACGAUUAAUUGAUGCACUUGUAGAAGAGAAACUACUUUCUGAAGAAACAGAGUGUCUGCUACGAGCACAAUUUUCAGAUUUUAAGUGGGAGUUGUAUAACUGGAGAGAAAUAGCUGAGUACUCCAUGGAAAUGAAACAAUUUGCUUGUACACUCUACUUGUGCAGUAGCAAAGUCUAUGAUUAUGUAAGAAAGAUUCUUAAGCUGCCUCAUUCUUCCAUCCUCAGAACGUGGUUAUCCAAAUGCAAACCCAGUCCAGGUUUUGACAGCAACAUUUUUUCUUUUCUUCAACAAAGGGUAGAGAAUGGAGACCAGCUAUAUCAGUAUUGUUCAUUGAUAAUAAAAAGUAUAUCGCUCAAACAACAACUUCAGUGGGACCCCAGCAGCCACAGUUUGCAAGGGUUUAUGGACUUUGGUCUUGGAAAACUUGAUGCUGAUGAAAUGCCACUUGCUUCAGAAACUGUUUUGUUAAUGGCUGUGGGUAUUUUUGGUCAUUGGAGAACACCUCUUGGUUAUUUUUUUGUAAAUACAGCAUCUGGAUAUUUGCAAGCUCAGCUACUUCGUCUCACUAUUGGCAAACUGAGUGACAUAGGGAUCACAGUUUUGGCUGUUACAUCUGAUGCCACAGCUCACAGUGUUCAAAUGGCAAAAGUGCUGGGUAUACGUAUUGAUGGAGACAACAUGAAGUGUACAUUUCAACAUCCUUCAUCUUCUAGUCAACAGAUUGCAUACUUCUUCGAUUCUUGCCACUUGCUGAGAUUAAUAAGAAAUGCAUUUCAGAAUUUUCAAAGCAUUCAGUUUAUUAAUGGCACAGCACAUUGGCAGCACCUUGUGGAGUUAGUAGCACUAGAGGAACAGGAAUUAUCAAAUAUGGAAAGAGUCCCGAAUAAACUUGCAAACUUGAAAAAUCAUAUACUGAAAAUGAAUUGUGCUGCCCAACUCUUUAGUGAAAGUGUAGCCAGCGCGUUAGAAUAUUUACAGUCUUUAGGUCUGCCUCCUUUUCAAAACUGUAUGGGCACCAUCUAUUUUUUACGCUUAGUUAACAAUCUGUUUGACAUUUUUAAUGGUAGGAACUGUUACGCAAAGGGACUUAAAGGACCUUUGUUGCCUGAAACUUAUGGUAAAAUAAAUCACAUGUUAAUUGAAGCCAAGACAAUUUUUCUUACAUUAUCUGAUACUAGCAAUAAUCAAAUAAUUAAAGGUAAGCGAAAACUAGGAUUCCUGGGAUUUUUGCUUAAUGCUGAGAGCUUAAAAUGGCUUUACCAAAAUUAUGUUUUCCCAAAGGUCAUGCCUUUUUCAUAUCUUCUGACUUACAAAUUCAGUCAAGAUCAUCUAGAAUUAUUUCUAAGGAUGCUUAGGCGGGUAUUAGGAACCAGUUCUAGCCCUACGUGCAUGGCGUUCCAGAAAGCUUAUCAUAAUUUGGAGACCAGAUACAGAUUUCAAGAUCAAGUUUUUCUAAGUGAAGUAAGCAUCUUUGACAUUUCAAUUGCUCGAAGGAAAGACUUGGCCCUUUGGACAGUUCAACGUCAGUAUGGUGUCAGUGUUAUAAAGACUCUCUUUUACAAAGAGGAUAUUUGCCAAGACUGGUCUAAUUGUUCACUAAGUGAGGCAUUACUAGACCUGUCAGAUCACAGGCGAAAUCUCACCUGUUGUGCUGGUUAUAUUGCAAAUAAGUUAUCAGCUCUUUUGACCUGUGAGGACUGCAUCACUGCCCUGUAUGCAUCGGAUCUGAAAGCUUAUAAAAUUGGGUCACUGUUAUGUGUUAAAAAGAAGAAUGGUUUGCAUUUACCUUCAGAAAGUCUAUGUCGGGUCAUAACUAUUUGUGAGCGAGUUGUAAGAACCCAUUCAAGAAUGGCAGUUGUUGAACGAAUUCCUCACCAGAGGGAAUUGUAUCUUCAACAGAAAAUAUUACAUGAGCUUUCUGGGCAUAUUUGUCUUUUUGUAGAUUUAGAUGAGCAUCUCUUUGAUGGAGAAGUGUUUGCCAUCAAUCACUUUGUAAAGUUGCUAAAGGAUAUAAUCAUCUGUUUCUUAAAUAACAGAGCUAAAGAUGUAGUUCAGUACUCUUUAAAACAUUCAGAAAGAAUGGAAAUGAAAAAAUUUUCAAGGAAAUAUUGGUCAUCUUUACAGGAUUACAAAUGUUCAAGUUUUGCUAAUACCAAUAAAUUCAGGCAUUUGCUAAGUAACAAUGGAUAUCCUUUCAAAUGAGAGACCUAAUAUAUAUUAACAUUUUUAUUAAAAAAACGGUCAACACUUUGUAGAGUUCAAUUUUGCCUUAUUAAUUGACCAUUCUACACAGUGGAAAAGUUUGCAGUUCUGCUUAUUAGAAUUUCUAAUUACACAAAUCAUAAAAUCUGGUCACACUUCGGUAUGGCUUGCAACAUUUAUGAGUUUUCCAAAAUGUAAAAAGCACUAAGUCAGUAGGAGCAGACUAGGAAACAGGUGGAAUCUUUGAAUUUACUACUAUAAGACUGAGUAAUGUGACUGGAUUUAUUUUUAACUUGUUCAGUCUACUUUAAAAACAAGAAAAACGACAACUAGGAGUCACAAAAACAUUGACUCCUUUUAAACAGACUAUAUCUGAAAGAGCUUUGGUUUACUAUUCUUAAGAAUGUUGACAGAAUAUCUAUAAAACCUUGAAGAUGAAAAUUAAGUUAUGGUUUGAAAGUUAGACUAAAGCAAAAAUAUUAAAUACUACAAAAAUCCCCUUGUCUCUAAAAUAGAAAUACACACUCUGUGGCUGAAGGUAAAUACAAGGGCCAUUUAUUUUUCCUUGUACUGCAACCAAACUGCAGAGUACAGUGUGGGAACAUAGAUGAUGUGAUUUUCACUAUCUGUUGUCACUGGACUUUGAAAUAUUACUUUUGAAUAAUAUAGUAGGGUGGACACUUAUUACUUGACUCCUUUUGGAAGAGCCCAGUGCUCAUCAGAAAAUGGGGAGAAACCUUUAAUUCAACUUCUGCUCUUUCUGAAGUCUGCUCAUGUUUGCAGGAAGGCUAAAAUAAUGAAACAUACUCAAUGUUGAAUGAAUAAUGGACUACUGAAAAAAGACGGUCAGUUGAAACGAUAGGUAUGGAAAAAAUUUGUCUUAAUUAUAUAAAGGUUUUUUUUUCCCCCCAGAAAUUUAGGAAAAGCUUAAAUAAUCUGAAGAUGGAAGCAUACUAAUGACAAUUUUCUCCAUUCCCUCACACCCAGAUUUGAAAAGAUAAGUAGAAAAAACAUUUGGUACAUAUCCUUUAACCAAUGGGGGUAUUUUGAAGGAUAAAAGAAGAAACAAGCACAUUACACUUCUGUGUUUGUAAAGUAUCUACUCUUUUUGUCAUUGAGAUUGAAUGUUCACAAAGUACAAAAACUUAAAAUUGCAAAAGAUUAAUGAUGAGGUAAAAGUUGAGUAUAUUAAUUGAAAUUCCCCUUAAAAAGUAUAUUUUGAUAUACUUGUUUAUUCUACCUCAAAGGCUUUAAAUUUUGAAAUGUAUCCAGUGUUGUACUACAUUUUUUACAAGACCUAUUGCUGAGAAUUCUGAAUAAGAUGGGUUUUGUUUUGUUUGCAAAUAGAAUUAAGUUUAAAUACACCAGGAUAAAUCUUAUUUACAGGAAGCCUGUUUGUAAAUCACCACCUUUAUAUAAAUCCAAGUUUUGUAUCUGAUUUUUAUAUAAAGCAAGAUUUACUCUGUAGUGUCUAAUGCUCUUUGCUGUUUCACUUGACUAAUGUAUUAAUAUAUUCUGUAUUUGAAAAAAUUAGUGUUUUGCAUUCUUUUAAGUGCUGGAUAAAUUGGGCAAACACUGAUAAUAAGAAAAGUUCUAUCACCAUCUUUAGCCCAUUUAAUUGCUCUUGCACUUGUAAAAUGAUUCAGAGUCUUCAUAUCAGAUUUACUUGAUAUGAUAUGCUUUA